AUGUCUCCCCCGGCUAGCGAUAAUACGGCUGCGGGCAUGUCUUUUGUUCAAGAACAGAGCUUAUACAUGCCUGCUACGCCCCCGCGGGUCGUGGCUGAAGAUGAGGAGAAGGACAAGCCAGACACUCAGUCCCCGUCAGAAGACUGCGCGGUCAAAGCUCAGGAUUUGUCCGAUGUGCGGUUAGCAGACAAUUCCGCCAAUGCGCCCGAAUCCUCGCCGGCGCAACGGACACAGACUCCGGUUAAUAACCAGUUGCGGACGCCCUCGCCCACCGUUCCCUCCAGUAGCCCCAAGUCGACCGGGUCGAGUGCCUUGCCUUCAGUUGAUCACGAGUUGAGUCGCACCUCGGAGGCGCAGGCCUGGGACUUCACUCAUACGCCGCUCUCCACCACAAUACCGUCUUCACUCUUUAGGCCUUUCGCCAAAUAUACUGGCACUCAGCAGUCAGACCGUCAGAUGUAUAACGUCUGCGUUACUCUCCUCACCAUCGAUAUCGCUCAAGCCACCCUCUCCGGCUACCUCGAGAUCUGUGGACUGACGCCAGACCACCCAGAACUCACCACCUUUUUCACCGGCGAGAUCAUCGGCGGACCUAAGCAGAAGCAUUCCUUCCGCACCAAGGACCCAAGCUGGGGAGCUUCCAACAAGACCGACAUGACCCACUGGGCCCGUUUCCCGGCAUGGAGGCCUCUGAGUGCGUACGCCAAAAACGACAUCGAGUUCGUUCAUCCUGUCGAUGGUGGAGAUUGGUGGCAACAAGAACAUAUCUUCAUGCGCUGGAAGGAGCACUUUCUCGUCCCCGACUAUAAGCUACGGAGUAUCCAAGGAGCUAGCUUCGAGGGGUUUUACUACAUUUGCUUGAAUCAGAUGGAGGGGAAAAUCAGUGGCAUCUACUUCCAUUCCAAAAGCGAGAAGUAUCAGCAACUAGAGCUGAAGCAUGAAGGCUCAUUUCCUGCCUGGAGCAGAGGUGUCCGUCCAGCGGUGGAGUUCAGGUAA